GUGUUAAUGGCAAUAUAUUUGCGAUAUCAAUAUAGAGUAAAAACUUUCAUUCAUUGAUUAUUGUUAUCAUUUUCAUAACUGCUGAUAGCAGCGUCCAGAAUCUACAGUGUCUGUCUAAAAGUCAAGUCUUAAAGUCAAGUUUCUGCCUACCAAUAUACUGCAAUGGAGAAACCGCCACCACUGCCACCAAGGGCCAGUGGCCACCAGCAGUUUCUGGAAGAUCUGGAGAGAGCUAAAACUCUUAGUCUUGAAAGCUUCCGACAGGAAAAGCGCAGGCAGGCUGAAAAAGCCGCACCGCCUCCGCCGACCGGUACCGACGUGAAGCCCCGGCCGCGUCCCACCAGCUCGGCGUCACUACCACGCCCGCCGGACGCCAGGCCGAGUCUGCCCCCGCGCCGACCGGUGGGCCGCGCGGCGUCGGCCGCCGCCGCGCACGGGCCGCCGCUGCCGCCGCGGCUGUACGGAGAGCCGGAGACGGCCGACAGCGGACCGGACCUGAUCCAGCUGGAGGCGCCCGAGCCGCCGCCACCGCCUCCCGAGCGGCCCGCUGCCGGCGCCCUGGGACCCGAGCGGCUGGCUCAGCUGUACGGCGGGGGCGCCGCCGGGCCGCCGCUGCCGCCGCGCGUGCCGGCACACCCGCUGCACUCCUCCAUACCGUCAGCUCUGCCGGCCGUACCUCCGCUCCUGAACGGUGCCUGCGGCCCGGCGUCGGCCGGCCGGCCCCUCUCACUCGCGCUGCCCUCAGUACCGACCGCCAGCCCGGCUACCACCCCGGGGUCAGCAACGACCGACCCCAGUUUCGAGUCGCUCCGGGUGCUGCUGAGGAAGCCGCCGUGUUCCAAUGGUAACCUGAUAGACCUGGGCGAGCCGGCGCCUGACCAUUCCGCGGUGCGCCGCUCCGUACUGGAGGUGUUCGACCCCCUGUCAGCGCCGCCGGAGUCCGCACCGGCUGGCGCCACGGGCGGCGCGGAGGACGCGGAACUCUCCGACCAAGUGCGCGAACUACUAGCCAUCAAGGCGUGUACGACGGCAGACGAAGACGCAGCGACCAGCUACUACGAACAGUCGGAUCCGUUCCAGUACAUGUACGGUCGGACGGGCCCGGCCGAGUCGCUGUACGAACCGCUGGCUACCCGGGCACCCACUGACGAGAGUGAUGGCGAGCCGCCGCCGCUGCCGCCGCGACAGCAGCGUGCCGGUCCAAUGACGCCCGAGAGACCGCCCGGCCGGCCCGUCGAGCUGCCCGCCAGUCGAAUACAGGCGUACAAGCAGCGGCAGCGGUCCUCGGAUAGCCUAAUAUCGUCGUCCACCGGCAUCAAAGUGCGCAAGACCAGGGGUCUUUCCUGUGAUAGUGACAUUGUUGCGUUCUGUGAUAUGAUCAAGGAAUUGAGAGGCUCGUACCCGGCGGACGACAGGGCGACCAACCCGGGCCUGAUUACCAGCGCCACGAUAGAGACCAGCCAGCAGCUGGACGCCACGGUGAAGCUGAUGAUACACCACCAGUCGCGCACAUCCCCUGUCUGCUUCACCUGUGAUAUUUCCAGCACAGUCGACCUGGUGAUCAUGCAGACAGUCUGUGCCCUGGAGGCAGGACUCGAGUCCACAGACCCCUCCGACUAUGUCCUGCGUGUGUGUGGUGCCGCCGAGUACCUCACUGCAGAGAGCGCGCUGCAUGAUUACCAGUACGUGCAGCGGUGUAUCAAGUACGAGGAGGAUGUGCGACUGUCGCUGAUACAUACUGAACAGCUCACACUGCCGCUGCAGAGGACGCGUCAGGACGACAUAUCUGACCUGGACCUGCGACCUGAGGACCUGGUGCCACCCUCUACAAUCGACCCCGUCACAUACGACAACCUGCGAAUACUGCUCGAGUGCGUGGAGCGGGAAUGUGAUCAGCUGCGCCGCACAGCCGAGGACUCGAGUCAGUCGAGCGUUCGACCGGACCGACUAAGUCAGGCAGUGAAGGCAGUCUGUACUCAGCUGGGCCAACUCCAGACUAUAGAGAUCGCCCAGGCGCUGGACGACGUAACAGCUACGUGCCAGCGGAUUUCAGAGGAACCGGUCUCUGACCGCGCCGACCUGCGUCUGAAGCUCUCCACUCAGCUGGGACCAGUGCAGGACGCCGUCCGUCUACUGCUCAUCAUGUACUGCCAGGCGUUCCGGACCGACUUUUCAGUCGUACAAACCAGCACGGAUAUCGUGGAGCGGCCCCUGACCGAGGUUCUCGACACGGUUCUAAUCCGCGUGUCGGCGCUACACCGAUUGCGGCACGACAACCGGUACGAGCAGUACGUGGUGACCGCCCAGCUGUACCACGGCUCGCGGGCCGUCUCACAGACAGUGCCCACAGCGCCCGUGGCGCCCACCAAACACCUGUUCAAGUGGUGCAGCUUCAACGCUUGGCUGGAGUUCACGGACGUGGCGCUGUGCUGUCUGCCCCGCGAGGCCCGUCUGGUAGUGACCGUCAGCGGGCUGAUGCCCGAGCAGCCCGCCGAUGCCAAGGAUCCGGUCCGACUGCACCAGGAGGAGGUCGGCUGGGCCGCCCUGCAGAUGUUCGACUUCGAGGGGAUCCUGGCCGAGGGCGGGUACGUCCUACCGCUGUGGCCCCCUGAGGCGAUGAAGGAGCUGGGCCCGGCCCCGUUUCCCGGGACACACCCCAGCGCGGACAAGUGCACCGCAAUCACGGUGGACCUGCCGUCGAUGUGUUCCCGGGCGCGGGUUCGCUUCCCGCCCGUGGAGAGUAACCCGACCAGCUCUCGGAAGGAGUUCUCCUCUCUGGAUGUGGACACGCAGACGCUGCUGUUGGAUACACUGGAGACAGACCUGUUCACCCAAGUGCCAGCAGACCGUCGUGAGAUCCUGUGGGACCGCCGCCACUACCUGUACGAUGAGCCCGCCGCGCUGCCCCGGGUGCUCCUGGCCGCUCACAGCUGGGAGUGGGCCUGCCUGCCCGACCUGCACUCGAUGGUACAGAGCUGGGGCGACCUGGCGCCCGUGGACGCCAUCCAGCUCCUCCUGCCCAGUUUUCCGGACGUGGUGGUUCGGAGGAAGGCGGUGCGGUGGCUGCAGUCGAUCACCAGUGACGAGCUGGUGGACUACCUGCCGCAGCUGGUGCAGGCCGUCAAACACGAGGCCUGGGAUUGCUCCACAUUGGCCAGGUUUCUGAUCGACCGAGCGCUGACGUCCCCGCGCGUGGCCCACCACCUGUACUGGCUGCUGCACCAGUGUCUACCGGCCGACGGCGGCGAGCCCUCGGUGACCGAGGCGCGCUACCUCCGCCGGCUGACGGUACUGCAGCGGGCACUGCGCUCCACCUGCGGCAGGAACCUGCUGGGCAGGUUCCUCAGUCAGGAGGUGCUGCUGAGAGGCCUAUACGAGGCGGCCGAGCACGUCAAGACCACCAAGGAGUCGCUGCGGCUGCGGGAGCUGAUGCGCUGCCUGGACCAGCUGCGUGAGUCGCUGGAGCGAACGCCCACCUCCCUCCCCCUCGACCCGGCGCUGGAGGUGUGCGGCAUUGACGUACCGGCGUGCUCCUACUUCCCGUCAAACACUCUGCCGCUGCGAGUGCAGUUCUGCAGCGCAGAGGACAACGGGGAGACCCUGCCGGUGAUCUACAAGGUGGGGGACGACCUGCGACAGGACAUGCUGACCAUUCAGAUGAUCCGAAUCAUGGACAAACUGUGGCUCAAGGAGGGACUCGACCUGAGGAUGGUCACCUUCAACUGCGUGCCGACGGGGCACUGCAGAGGUAUGAUCGAGAUGGUGCAGAGUGCGGAGACGCUGCGGAAGAUUCAGGGAGAGCACGGGGUGACGGGCGCCUUCAAAGAUAUGACCAUCGCCGAGUGGCUGGCGAAGCACAAUCCGACAGAGCUCGAGUACGAGCGGGCCGCCCAGAACUUCACUGCCUCGUGCGCCGGGUACUGCGUGGCCACGUACGUGCUGGGAAUCUGCGACCGACACAACGACAACAUCAUGCUCCGCUCGUCCGGACACCUCUUCCACAUCGACUUCGGCAAGUUCCUUGGCGACGCGCAGCGCUUCGGCGCCUUCAAACGAGACCGGGCUCCGUUCGUGCUGACCUCGGACAUGGCCUACGUCAUCAACGGGGGCGACAAGCCGUCAGCGCGCUUCCAGCUGUUCGUCGACCUCUGCUGCAAGGGCUUCAACAUCCUGCGGCGGCACGGCAACAUCUUCCUCAACCUGUUCGCGCUGAUGACGUCGUCAGGCAUCCCGGGCGUGUCCCGUGACGCCAUCGACUACAUCCAGCGCGCGCUGCUGCCCAACAUGGUCGAACACGAGGCGGCUGCCUUCUUCGCCCGCAUGAUCCAGGAGAGCCUCAAGUCGUGGUUCACGUCUGUCAACUUCUUCCUGCACAGCCUGGCGCAGCUGCGCUUCACAGGAGACCACAACGACGAGCAGCUGCUCAGCUUCGUGCCCAAACGAUACACUGAGGCGACGGACGGUCGGAUCAGCUCCGUCACCGUGUACGGCUAUCAGAAACGCUACGAGCCGGAAAAGUGCUACGUCUUCAUCCUGCGCGUGCAGCGAGAGAACAUGACAGACCCCGUCUACGUGUUCAGAACGUACAAGGAGUUCAUCGAGUUUGGCCAGAAGCUCACCAUGGCCUUCCCACUGGUCAUGGACUUCUACAGUCUGCCGAAGGGCGGUCGGCUGGGCCGGUCCCACAUUCGCCAGGUGGCCGAGGCGCGCCGGCGCAGCAUCUCCAACUUCCUGCGCAAACUGUGGCAGCUGGCGGACGAGGUGCGACACUCGGACAUCGUCUACACGUUCAUGCACCCGCUGCUGAGGGACCAGCAGGAGGACAGCAUCAACACCAGGAAGCUGAAGGAGCCAAAGCCGACCGUUAACCGGACAGCUCCUCACUACAUCCGUGGCCAGCUCCAGCUGAGCUUCUGCUACCAGCGCAACACGUUCAGCGUCUUCGUCCACCACGCCAAGGACCUGGAGCUGCCCGACGGACAGGAGCCCAACGCCUACGUCAAGAUCUACCUGCAGCCCGACCCCAACAAGGUCACCAAGCGCAAGACCAAGGUGGUGCGCAAAAACAACCACCCGAGCUUCAUGGAGAGGAUCGUCUACCGUAUGCGGCUAGCAGCUGUCGAAGACAAAACGCUCCAGGCUUCCCUCUGGCACCAGGACCACCUCCAGGAGAACGUGUUCCUUGGCGCGGUGGUGGUCCGCCUGGCCGACUUCGACCUGACCCAGGAGACCCAGCAGUGGUACAACCUGACCAACUUCAGUCGGUGAGAGGACGCCGCGCGUCGGGGAGAUGAGAAUUUUACCGACGGCCGAGGAGGGGUUCUCGGAGGUCAUUGUCACUGUGAAGGCAACAGCUGAGGCCGCGUGAAGCUCGCUCGCCGGGAGACUGGGUGCUAAGACACACGUUCCGCGCUCCAGACUGUGCCAGUUCCUGGUGAGUAACUCUUGCUGGCUGCGCACGGCAGGUUUCGUGAUUCGUUUACAGGGUGGUGAUCUACACACACAGGCAGACCUCUGGGAAAGGUCUGAUGUUUGCCGUUAGGAGGUCGUUGUUGACCGUUGUGGGGACCUGCAGGCGUCAUGCCUGGGUUGGGUGGAACGGUGCUAAGUGGCUGUAAGUACCAAAGGACGAGGCGGGAAGUCGUUUGGACCAUAGCUGGCGUAAAGACUAAAGGAAUGGUGUUAAGUGACAACGGGGAUGGCUGAAGACGGCUACUGAUAACAGAGACAUGUGUUGCGAGUUUCGUCUUUGCGGGGCCUCCUCUGUCACCUUGACUGCAAUAUGAAGACCCCAGCCGGUUAGGAGGCGCAAGCUGUCUUUGCUGAUGAGCUGGUACUCCUGUGAAGGGCACAGCAGCGGGUCUGCUGAAAAGGCUUCACCCCUGCGGCCGGCUUGGUAGUCGAUUAUUUGCAUCACGCGCGAUGUGUCACGCUUUUUAUCGGGCAGGCACCCAGGAGGCCUCCCGAAUCUGUUGGGUCUAGUCUCGAAGACGCACACUGGAGAUAUUAGAUGUUUAUUCGCUCGAGCGGACCUCCUCCGAGCCUGCCGCGCUUCCAGAGCUUGUUCCACUAUGGUAUGACUGUGACGACUUUGUGCUGCAGGGACAGCCUGUUAUUUAGCGUGAAUGUGCAGCGCAUGAAGUAGAGUUGUGAGUCUGUGUGGUUGACUUGGUCACCGGCUGUCAUAAUGGGUUAUAUGCAGGGUGCGAAAGAUGCCAGUGGCUAGUCGAAGCGUCUAGAGUGACUAGCUGAGCUGCUUAUUUCAGCCAUGUCUUAGAGAUGAGUGCGCGUCGUAUAUCUACUUAUUUUAGGCUCCGGUAAUAGAAUGUCAGCCGUAGCGUGAUGUAUACUAUUAUCUGUUCUGUGAUUGGAGCCAAACUGGCGGUCAGAGAUCAUGAUUUGUGAUUCAAUUUGUGAUUGGUUGCGGCUUCUUGUGCACAUGAGCUGAUUGGUCCAAAUACGCCACACUGACUGCUGAUUGGUGGGGGCGCCUGUUAUCUGACUUCUGAUUGGCCAACCGCGCCACACCGCUCGCUGAUUGGUGAUUUCGUCGCGUCUUUGGCACGCCACCGGCGGCUCAGUUCUGCGAUUGCUGACAGUAUUUGCCGUUGAGCACGUUAGACCGCGGUUUCAAGCAUUCCAUACCUGUGUUGCGCGAGCUUCGGGCCUGGCUCCGACGGUUUGUCGACGCGUCCUAGUCGUCCUGUCCGCGUCUCUUUGCCGGUACUGUCAUCAGACCCUCCGCGCGAUGAUCAAAUCUGGUCGGGGAAAGACCGACUGAUAGCUUUACACUGACGCGAAAUGAGCUCUGCUGUCGAGUACCCUGUUGUCAACCCCGCCACUGUCUGAACUUUGUCUCCGAUAUCGUAUCAUUGAAGACAUUUGAUCGAUGCUGUAUGCGACUGUUGUGUUUCACUCCCUGACAGUCCCAUCUGUUUGUCUGUGUCUGUCUCAUCGGGUGUCUGUUUUAUACCGGGCCGUUUCUACGUCAGGUCAGAUGAUCUGACCCUGACUCCUGCACUCUGUGACCAGAUAUUAUAUAACGAUGUGUGUAUGUGUAAAUAUACUACAGGUAGCGCGCUGCCUUUCAACAAU